GUGCUGCGUCUUUGCGGCAGUUUGUUGCUCAGAAAAGAGGUUUCGCUCUGAUGUGUGUCCUUGACUGGAGCCAUUACCUGUCUAUUUGGAUUGGUAUGACGGCAAAUCUGAAACACCUGUGUGGCUUCUUGCUUGGUGUUGUGAUCAGGGAUGAGUAUCCUUACAACAAGCGAGACGUGCUGAGCAGCUGCUAUUCUCCACUUGCUUACCUGGAACUGAGGGAUAUUGUCAAUAUGGAGACAUGUAUGAAGAUGCUCACGACUCAGGAACAGCAGGAGCUUAUGAAGCUGCUCCCUCGAGAUGAUGUGAAAGGCAAAGGGAGCUUGGCAGAUAUGUUCAAUAGCUGCCAGUUUGAGGCAGCGCUCGUAAAUUUUCAACAUCUCCUGUUAGAGGGGAUGUUUGACAGCUCCGAGAUGGGGCCGAGCGCAAGGGUGUUUCAGCACUACCAGAAGCUCCUUUCUGUGGUGGACCUGACAUCAUCAGGAUGGAUGGAAGGGGUCACGCAACUAUGUAAGAAGAGUCGGAGGCGCGGCCAGCCAUCUGAUGCGGGGAAGGACGAGAUUGAUGAUGCCCGGCUGGCCUCAGAGAUGGCAGCUUUUGCAGAGCGCCGAGCAAGUUCCCAGAAGGCAAGUGAAGGAUCUUCUCGGAAACUGCAUCUACGAUCUUGUGCUGAAAUGUCACCAGCCGAGGAAGAUGCUGCCAAUGAUCGCUGCCUACGUGGAGCAGAGAGUGCAGUGUCUUCAUCGAACUCAAGGGAGCCCUCACGGUGGACCAAGCGUACUUCAGGAGGCCCAAGUCAGAGAGAAGGGGCUGUUGGUGAUGGCUAUGUGGUGGCUGAGCCAGUCAUCAUGGGACAUCAGGCUGCAGAGCCCAUUGAGGACCAGAAUGCAGCAAGCGCUCACCUGGCCCCUACUAUCCGCUCUGCUCCUGUGGUUGCGAUGCAGAGUGUUGCGAUGGGGCCGCAGUUCUGGAACACGCAAUGGCAGCGGGCCGAUCCAGUUGUUGGCGCGCAGUGCAUUGUGAGCAAUGUUGCAACUGGAAAUUGUGAGCCAGUGUCAGGAAAAUCCAGUAAGAGAUCCCUUGAUGGUGGGACGGAGAGUACCCCCGUGUCAUUUGUGACCUAUCCUGCUGGCAGCGGAGAAGGGAUGCCUUUUGUAAACGGCAUGUAUGGGGCACGAGGAUGGUUUAAGCCACCCACCGUAUGCGAUCGACUGACGACAGGGUUGCAGGCUGUCCCGCCGGCCAGAGGAGAUGGUAUCUCAGGUGGCAUUUGGGCUGCAGGAUCUCCGAUUGUGGAUCCUGAUCGUUACGUGGCUAUCCCGGUUCCCUCGGUGUCAAUUGCAUCGCCAGUGGCCGUUCCCGUUCCAGUACCUGUACCUGACUUCAUCCGUGUUGUCGAAACAGUUGAUGAUGGCUCUGCAGCGGCAAGGUCGCACUCUACAAAAGCUGAGAGGCAUCCUUCGUAUAACCGUGCUUCGUGUCGAGAGGACUGUGCUGUGAGUUGCAGUACCGUGGCUUCUCCAUUGGUAAGCCCCAUUCCUGCCUACACCAUCAAUGGCUCUAGCUCCCCUCUGGAUGCUCUACUGUACAACGGUGUGGUGCGUGUUGUGGGAUCGGCAGAGAGGGCCGAAGGCUCAGGGAUUGGUGGGGAGUCGAUCAGGAGGCCAGUAACAGCAGGCGGUGCACUGAAGUCGUAUUGCAGUGCCGCUGCAGCAACAUCUGCCCCAUGCAAUGGUGCAGAUCAUGGGCUAAUGUAUACAGUUCAAGUUGACCCACGGAAGAUAUCCUAUGCGCAGGCACUGCCUGUGAUGCACACUCGUGACAUGCUAUUGGUCCCAAAUGCAGCCGCAUACCCAGCUAUGCUCAUGACUGGUGAAGGUUGGCAGAUGUACACCGAUCCAAUGUGGGAGAAUGUCUUGUGGGCAAAUCAAGGCUGCGCGGGUCAAGAUCGUCGUCUCUUGAAUGGUCCUGUCCUUUAUCAGAGCCAGAUACCAUAGGUUCGCGCCGAUUGCUCUUUGGUCAGGACAGUAGGUAGAAGUAAAAAUGGCCGAGGCAGUGAGCACAGAUGUAGGUUUCUUUCCAGGAGGAGGUGUAGGGAAGGAUUCGAGCAGAGGUACCUGCCGUUGUCAUGUCGGAACAGCGUACACACGCUUGGUUCGCCUGCCAGUUCAGUGAGCCUGCUGCUCCAUGCAGGUCCCACUGUCACGCUCUUGUCCAGCCCUGGCAGUAACCAAACUUCAGGAGACUGUUGCUGUUUCCUGAUGUCUCCUCUUCCACACAAUGUGGCUAUUCGCCACGCUUCCUUCCCAUACAUACGUAGGAUGUAUAAGGCGGUGAGAAUAAGGCAAGCCCUGUUCAGAACUGCUGUUCCUUUCCCUCCUUCCACCUCCUACUUGAAAACAGAAGUGCCAAGUGCUCAUUCAUUGUUUGAGCAUUACUGUGCCAAUAGGGCUUUCUCCUUAGUUUGUAGAGAUGUAGGCAGAGUGUGGAGCAGUCCAAACUGCAGUUGUGGGUCUAAGGAUUGACAUAUCCUCCCUAGCCUUCUCUUCCCCACCCUCCUCCUAAGAGUCCUAACCACAAU